AGGACCGUCUUAAUAAGUGUGGCGGUGACAUAAUUGUAAUUAAGAGAAACACAACGACGUCGUUUCUGGAAACCCAUCGUCGAAGCACAAGUGAUUAACAUACAAAGACGGUCUUGUCUCGAGAACCGUCUUUGUAUCGUUAAUUGCUGCACGUGGCGCACACGUGAUUUUUCUUUCGUGUUUUUGCAUUCGUGCCUGUUGAGACAUUAUCACUUCUCCCAUUUACUAUGCGCCCUAGCAGCCCCUUCUAUCCUGUGCCAUCCGUUCUACCAUUUGUCGUGCUGUGCGCUUCGAGGUUUGUCCAUUCUUUUGUUUUCUGCCUGAGCUCCAAUGAGGUCUUGAAGGACAACAAUGCCGUCGAUGCAACUUCCGUUACCACUCUUUACCUCACUCACAAAGCUCUUUCCGAUAUAACGUGCUUGACCGUGAACUUGGAAAAGCUUGACCUCAAGCUCAACAAUCUCACUUCACUUGAGCUCUUAAAUGGUGCUCAGAACAAGGUUCCUGCAUAUUUGGGUGGUAUUUUUGUCUGUGUCUCUUUUGUGGUUGCAUUGGUGUCUCUGGGACAUAGUUGGAUGCUCUCUUGAUUGUUCCUCUACAAGUGAUGCCAUGGAUUGGAUUGCUUUUGAUGUAUGAAUGGGCAAUCACAGCUUUCUUGGUUGCAUUUUUGUCUGCAUAGUUGGAUGCUCUCUUGAUUGUUCCUCGGCAAGUGAUGUCAUGGACUGAAUUGCUUUUGAUGUAAGAAUGGGCAAUCACAACUUUCUUUAUAUUAUUUGGAGGUUAUAUCCAUUUGAUUUAUCAGUGGGGAAAACUAGUCGGAUCACGAGUAGCAUCAUCCUUGUCACAACUUGGGUUUGAUUAUGAUUCAGAAAAACGUAUGUUCUCAAGAGUAAAACUUCUUUUGUGGUUGUUUUUCAUUUAAUUGUGAUGGUGAGAUACUUUUUUUUAUAUAUAAAUUGAAUCUAUAUUAUCUAUAUUUAUAGGUCAUCAGCGAUAGAUAUCAUCUUGUGAUGUUGCUACAUGGUACUUUGUUUUAGGGAUGGCCUUGUUGGGCAUUGUAGCUCCAUCGUUGCCUUGUCUUUUUGGAAUUACUGCCUUGUUUUUAAGGUAAUUUAUGCUCUAAUAUAUUAUGGCAAGUCUAGUUAAAAUACUUGUAAUUUUUUUUUCUUUUUGG